CAUGUGGCCUUGCGAGCAGGCUGACAUAGAUGAUCGAAAACGGGUCCUGACUCUCCUAGCUGGAAAAACAUCACACAGAGACACCUUUGAGAUUCUUACCAACUUACCUGGACUCAGGCAUCAUAUAAACAGUAUCCAUGUAAAUGAGUAUACAGAAAUGUUCAGCACUCAUCUACAUCUGUGUGUGACGAAGCAAACAUUACAGGUUGCUGCAGAUAUUCUUGAGUUCAUGUUAAUACAUGGUAUGGCUCCUGAUACCAUCCAGCUUCAGAGCCUUAUCCAUAAACUGGGCAAGCAGAACAAUUGGAGCCGUGCCAGGGCUCUCUUUAAAUGCGCUCGGUUAGCAGGGUUUUACUCUGCUGUGGUGUGCGAAAGCGACAGUCUGUUUCUGCCCUGUGGUCUCAGUGAGAUUGAGAUGACACUGGCCUUUGAAAUGUUUAUCACCUCUGUCAAAACGAGCCUACAGCCCCCUGCUGGAUCCUCCCAACCAUUUCUGAUUAUGCUCAGACGGCAUGCUGAUGCUGCGGAUGUAACGGAGUGUGUGUACUUGGCAGCCGGCUGUCGGCUCCUCUCUGCAGCUCUCAUACCAAACCCCAAACUGAAUAUCCGCUACACAGCUGUCAAUCAAAACCAAGAACAACUCUUUCAACUGGACCGUGGGUCUGCCCACAAAUGGUUUUUACAGAACGAGCGCUGGGCACAAGAGAUAUGGGCAAGCUAACACAGGCUUGUGAACAGUCCCACAUGUCACCACUGCUGUCUUUUUCUAUGUCUAAUCAAGUUACACUAAGCAAUGCAUCUGUUUCAGACUGUUAAUUUGAAACUGGUUUCACGUAAUUGUUUUUGUGGUGUUUGUUCAUCUCCUUUUUAUAGAUGUUAUAUAGAUAUAUUUCUGUUAAAACUUUAUUGAAGGACAAGAUUUUGUUUUGAGUUGUAAAAAUUAGAGGUUUUCAUAAUGUUUAGAUUUGUGUUUAUUUGUUUCAAGGUCCUUAACAUAAAUCUAUAAAUCCCUUCAUUUUAAAGGAAUCCAAAGAAGAUUCACUCCUGGAACUUUAUUUACUUGACACCACAAACUUUGUUCCUGUUGAAAGAAAAAGCACCAUGGCCACCAUUUUUUCUAAACUCUUCUGAAAUAAUUGUGCUAUAUUUGUGAUUUAAAUCUAUUUUUUCUACUUGAGAUAAAGACACCAUAUUGUGCAGUGUGAUAUUUUUUUAUUUUAUUUUAUUUACUGUUCCUAUUGGCCAUGUAUAUCAAAAAUACUUUCUGUGGUUAAUGUAAAUACACUUGAGUGCAAUGGUCCUGAGAUGCACUUAUGUACAUUAAAAUAAUAGACAUUCCAUCAUUAGGUCUGGUUCUCAAGGGAUGUGCAAAUUUCAGUUUGUUCAGUUUAACUGAA